AUGGGUGUUUUAAUUGAAGAAAAGAUUGAAAAUGAUGUCACCAGUACUCAUCAUGAAAUGUUGGCUUGGCACCCGAGAAAUGAUUGGUUGGCAAUUGUUUCAUACAAUGCACAAAUUGGUGGCCAAGUUCAUUUUUUCAAACACCAAAUUGAGAAAGUUAAUCAUAAACCAGUGCAGAAAGCGAAUUGUAAGGUGACAAAAAUCAGUUGGCAUCCAGAACUGAUUUUAUUAUUAAUAGGUUGGGAGAAUGGUGACGUCACAUUGCGAUAUGCGGAUGAAGAAAAAGAUGAAUAUUCUAUAACAGUUGAUAAUGGGCCAUUAAAUAAAGUAACUUGCUUGGCGUGGAAUAGUUCCCUGGAAAACGAAUUCUGCAUUGCUGAUGAAGUAUUAUUUUUAUUUUUAUUGUUUCUAUUAUUUAUUAUUAUUUCAUUAUUAUUUAAAUCCUUUUGA